UUUAUGCCACUUCUUUUUCUGUCUCAUUUUGUCCACCCAACUGUUAACGUUGUGCGUGAAUACACAAAGGGCACUUACAUUUACUUUGACUAUGCGAAAUGGGGCCAGAGGAAGAAGGAGGGCUUCACCUUCGAGUACAGGUACCUGGAAGAGACAAAACAAAAAGUACUGCUGUCCACAUUCCCAGACCGAAGUCCAAAAGUGUGGCUAGAGAUUGUGAUGUGUAGUAGAAAAGGUGUGGCGUCUCACACCCCAGCGGAACGCCCUGUGGGCUCACCCGCCGACGCCAUCCCCCACUUUCUCUGCUCGCAGGUGUGCCCCGUUUCACCUUUUCUUUUCCCUUUCCUUCAACAACAAAUCUUCUCCGGAGCCCGGGAAGUCUCGGUCUUGUAUUUCCUGUCACCUGCUGCUCCACAACGGGGACGUUUCUCUCCAGACCCUGUGAUGCCUGUUGAACAUAGCCAGCGCUUAUCAAAGUUUGAUAUUUGUCGGAGGGUGAGCGCAGGGCCUCUCCCUGUGCCAGGGACAGCGUCCGUAUUGGACUUGGAUUCAAUUGCUAUGCAAUUGAACUGGUCUCUGACUCCCUCUCUUGACCCUGAUGAUGUUUGGGAGACACACAUUGUUACCCGGGACUCUGCACCUGCUCAACUUGUGGAGAAACGCUCGCCUUUUGGAAGCUCUUUGUGGCGUUUGGUGAGGUCGGCGUGUUCUGUGGUGGUGACUGAAGAGAGGGGAGUAGGAAUGGUCAACACAUCUAGAAACUUCUCCGCUUGUCUGCUCACAGAUCCACCAUGCAGAUGUCCAGUAGCACAGUCUUUGAAGGAUCAUAGGUAUGGGCAGGGCCACGCCUUCACUUUUCUAAGCCCCGCCUUCAAAUCUAAAGUCAAUCUUUUGAGCUACGCCUACAAAUCUUGUCUCAAUCUUCUAGGCCCCGCCUUCACUUUUCUAAGCCCCGCCUUCAAAUCUAAAGUCAAUCUUUUGAGCUACGCCUACAAAUCUUGUCUCAAUCUUCUAGGCCCCGCCUUCAAAUUUAAAGUCAAUCUUCUGGGCCACGCCUUCAAAUCUAAAGUCAGUGUUUUGAGCCACGCCUCCAAAUCUAAAAGCAAUCUUCUAGGCCCCGCCUCCAAAUGUCAUCUUAAUCUUCCAGGCCCCGCCUUCAGUCUUCUAGGCCCCGCCUUCAAAGGGCUGCAUGAACAUGACAUGCAGUGGCAUGAAAGCAGAGAAUAA